AUUUGUUUGACAGCAGCCAUUGUUGUUGAUGUGACGAUGUUUGGCGCUAUUAUUUUAUUUACGUGAUUAAAUUAUCUUUUGUAUUUUUGAAUGGUAGUAUAAAGUGAUUACACAGCAGCAAAAAUGCCGGCGUUUCUUAAAUUUAUUGAUAUGGAAAACUUCAAGUCCUAUCGUGGACACCAUCGUAUAGGCCCUCUGAAAUCCUUCACGGCUGUGGUAGGCCCUAACGGAUCGGGCAAGUCCAACUUCAUGGACGCCGUGAGUUUUGUGAUGGGUGAGAAGACCUCCCUGCUCCGAGUCAAGCGUCUGAGUGACCUGAUACACGGAGCAUCCAUCAACAAGCCUGUGUCUAGGAGUGCAUCAGUGACAGCCACAUUUAUUCUUGAAGACAUGACUGAGAAGCAAUUCCAGAGAUCAGUUAAUGGCCAGUCUUCUGAACAUAAGAUUGAUGGACAGUCUGUACCCACAUCACACUACCUGAGCGAGCUUGAGAAGCUUGGCAUCAAUGUGAAAGCCAAGAACUUCUUGGUGUUCCAAGGAGCUGUCGAGAGCAUCGCCAUGAAGAACCCCAAGGAAAGGACUGCACUCUUUGAGGAGAUCAGUGGGUCAGGAGUUCUGAAAGAGCAGUAUGAACACUGCCGCGCAGAAGUGAACCGCGCCGACGAAGAGGCGCAGUUCUCUUACCAGAAGAAAAAGGGAGUGGCCGCCGAGAGGAAAGAGGCCAAGUUUGAGAAGGAGGAGGCUGAGAAGUACACCAGGCUUAAGGAGGAAUUGCAAGAACAAAAAAUCGAGCUCCAGCUGUACCACUUGUACCACAAUGAGAAGGAGAUCCAGUCUAUGGAGGAGGACCUGCAGCACAAGCAGUCGGAGCUGGCUAAAGUGGAGAAGAAGCGCCAGAAGCUUGAGGAAAGCUUGAAGGAGAAGAAGAAGGAAGCUGGUACGGUCCAGAGAGAGACUGCUAAGAUUGAGCAGGAGAUCAGAGAAGUGGAAGCAGAAAUCUCCAAAAAGCGUCCUACCUUCAUAAAAGCUAAGGAACGGGUCAGCCACACACAGAAGAAGCUAGAGAGCGCUCUGAAGACCCUGGAACAGGCUCGCAAGGCUCACGAGGCUCAUCAGGCGGAUAUCCGCAAGCUGGAGGAGGAACUGCGCCAGGUUGAAGAGGAGAAGGCCACCUGGGAGAGGUCUGCGGUCGGGGCUGCUACUUCUGGAAGGGCUGAUGUGCACUUAGAAGAGGCACAGAUCCGCGAGUACGAGGAGUUAAAGAUGGAGGCGUCUCGUCAGGCGGCGCGGUACCUGCAGGAGCUGGACUCCGUCAACCGCGAGCAGAAGGCCGACCAGGACCGACUCGACAACGAACUCAGGCGUAAGGGGGAGAUCGAGAACAAGCAUCGACAGAAGGGUCACGAGAGAAACGAGGCGAUGAAGCGCGUGGACAAGCUGAACGAGCACAUCAAGAGCUCUGAGCAGGCGCUGGAGGAGCAGAGGCGGCUCCGAGCUGAACUACAGGCGGACGUGGGCGAGUGCCGCGGGCGGGCGGCGGAGCUGCAGGCGCAGCUGGAGGAGGUGGCGGCGGCGCUGGGCGACGCGCGCGUGGACAAGCACGAGGAGGCGCGGCGCCGCAAGAAGCAGGAGAUCGUCGAGAGCUUCAAGCGGGACAUUCCGGGCGUGUACGACCGCAUGAUCAACAUGUGCCAGCCGACGCACAAGCGGUACAACGUGGCCAUCACCAAGGUGCUCGGCAAGUACAUGGAGGCCAUCGUCGUCGACACCGAGAAGACUGCCAGGCGCUGCAUACAGGUGCUGAAAGAGAGGAUGUUGGAGCCAGAAACGUUUCUACCUCUGGACUACAUUCAGGCCAAGCCACUGCGGGAGCGACUGAGAGACAUAAAGGAGCCGAAGAACGUGAAGCUGCUAUUCGACGUGCUCCGCUACGAGCCGCCCGCCAUCCACCGCGCCGUGCUGUUCGUCACCAACAACGCGCUGGUCUGCGAGACGCCCGAGGACGCCUCCCGCGUCGCCUACGACCUCGACCGCAGCAAGAACAGCCGAUACGAUGCGCUGGCGUUAGACGGUACAUUCUACCAGAAGUCUGGUAUCAUCUCCGGGGGUUCGCUUGACUUGGCGCGCAAAGCUAAGCGCUGGGACGAAAAGCAUCUUUCUCAACUUAAAUCUAAGAAGGAAAAACUAACGGAGGAGCUACGUGAAUCUAUGAAGAAAUCUCGCAAGGAGUCCGAGCUGACCACUGUGGACUCACAGAUACGAGGCCUCGAGUCCCGCCUCAAGUACGCCAUUACUGACAGAGAUACUACGUUGAAACAAAUCAAGGCAUUGGACGCUGAACUCGCUGAGUUCGAAAUGAGAAUUGAAAUGUUUGGUCCGCAAGUGGAGGACAUCGAGCGCACGAUCCACGCGCGGGACCUGAAGAUCCAGGAGAUCAAGGAGAACAUGAACAACGUCGAGGACGUCGUCUUCCGCGGCUUCUGUCGCGACAUCGGCGUCGCUAAUAUACGGCAGUACGAGGAGCGCGAGCUGCGCGCGCAGCAGGAGCGCGCCAAGCGCCGCAUGGAGUUCGACGCGCACAUCGACCGCAUCACUUCUAAUCUAGAGUUCGAACGCUCGCGCGAUACGCAGAAGAACGUGACGCGCUGGGAGCGCUGCGUGCAGGACGCGGAGGACGAGCUGGAGGGCGGGCGCCAGGCCGAGGCCAAGCAGCGCCAGGACAUCGACGCCGACCUGCGCCGCGCCGACGCGCUCAAGGCCGACCGCGCCGCCGCCCGCGCCCGCCAGGACCAGGCCGACGAGCUUGUUAACAAGGCGCGCAAAGACCUGACGAGCAUUCAGAAGGAGAUCCAGACGGUGCAGAAGCAGAUCGCCAGCAUCGAGUCCCGCAUCGAGAGCAAGCGCAGCGACCGGCACAACAUACUGCGACAGUGCAAGAUCGACGACAUAAUAAUUCCUCUGCUGGAGGGCAACUUGGAGGACACGGCGGAGGGCGAGUCCGAGCAGUCCUCCAUGUCUACAACACAACAGUACAGGAAGGAAUCCAGGAUCCGGGUGGACUACAGCUCCCUGUCAGAAAACCUGAAGGAGUUAGAGGAGCCAGAUGAAAUCAAGCGCAAGGCUGAUAAGUUGCAGAAGCAUAUCAACUCCUUACAGAACACUGUGGACAAGAUACAGGCGCCUAACAUGAGGGCAAUGCAAAAACUGAACGAGGUGCGUGAGAAGGUGAACGCGACAAAUGAAGCGUUCGUCGCCGCCAGGAAGCGAGCUCACAAAGCUAAGCUAGCUUUCGAAAAGGUGAAGAAAGAGCGCCACGACAAGUUCAUAGAGUGUUUCGAACACGUGGCUAACGAAAUAGAUGCUAUCUACAAGGCGCUGGCAAUGAACCAGUCGGCGCAGGCGUUCCUGGGCCCGGAGAACCCGGAGGAGCCGUACCUGGACGGCAUCAACUACAACUGCGUGGCGCCCGGCAAGCGCUUCCAGCCCAUGUCCAACCUCUCCGGCGGGGAGAAGACCGUGGCCGCCCUGGCGCUGCUCUUCGCUAUACACAGCUACCAGCCGGCACCGUUCUUCCUGCUGGACGAGAUAGACGCGGCGCUGGACAACACCAACAUCGGCAAGGUGGCGUCCUACAUCCGCAGCAAGAAGGGCAGCCUGCAGACCAUCGUCAUCUCGCUCAAGGAGGAGUUCUACGGCUGCGCAGACGCUCUCGUCGGCAUCUGCUCUGAGCCGGCCGACUGCCUAGUGAGUGACGUAAUGACUCUCAGCCUGGAGGACUACAGCGACUGAAGCUGACCACAUUUAUAUUCACAUAUUUUUAUAUUACGACAUUUUACUUCUUUUCCAUUACUGACGUGUUAUUGUGUCCACACGAUAAUUGUCUUUAUAGAUAUAACAUUAAGUGUUAAGUUGACAUAGCAA